AUGAGGAGGGGUGGGGAGGGAUGGACGGGAGAGGAGAGGACGAGAGGAGGAGGAGAGGAGGGGUGGAAAGGGAUGGAGGGAGGAGAAGAGGCGGACCAGGAGGGGUGGGGAGGGAUGGAGGGAUGUAGAAGAGGAGGACCAGGAGUGGGUGGGGAGGGGGGGAGGGAGGAGGAAGAGGGGAAGGGGGGAGGAGAUGAGGGUGGGGGGUGGGUGGGGGGUGAGGAGAGAGGCGGAGGAGAGGAGGGGGGAGUGAGGGGGGCGGGGGUGGAGGGAGGAGAGGGAGAUGGAGGAGGAGGGAUGGGGGUGGUGGGGGGGUGGGGGGAAGGGGCAGGGGGGGGACGGGGGGGGGGGUGGGGGUGGGAGAGGGGGAGGAGAAGAGGAGAGAAGUGAAAGACCUUUGGGUCGGACGGGUGUUUUGGUGACACCCUUUACCAGAGAGAAGAGGGUAGUAGAAGCUCCUCACGAGCGACAUACCCACUAAAAAUUAAGCUUUUGAACACUAACAGAGAGAAUGGGUGUGGUUGUGUGUGGUGUGUGGGGUGUGUUGUGUGGUGUGGGUGUUUUUGGGGUGUGUGGUGGGGUGUGUAUGAAUAUGGAGGGUUUCAUGGUGAAUUUUUGGUGAGUAAGAUGAUUAGGCAGUGGUGUGUUGCGUGUGUAUGUGUGUCUGCGUUGUCUGUGUGUGUGUGAGUGUGUAUGUUGUGUGAGUGUGUAUGUGUGUGACUGUGUGGGGUGAGGUGGUCUGUGUGUGUGCGUGUGUAUGUGGUGUUCUGUGUGUGUCUGUGUGUGUGUGCGUGUGUAUGUGUGUGUGCGUGUGUAUGUGUGUGUGUAUGUGGUGUGUGUAUGUGUGUGUCUGUGUGUGUAUGUGUGUGUCUGUGUGUGUCUGUGUGUGUGUGCGUGUGUCUGUGUGUGUGCGUGGUGUCUGUGUGUGUGCGUGUGUAUGUGUGUGUCAGAGACGCACGCACAAAGGCAUACAGACACACACAGAUAAACAAUGUUCCUGUAUACUUCUCUUUCAGGGUGGAGGAAUAUAAGCGUGGGUGUGUGUGUGUCUGUGUGUGUGUGUUUGCAGGCUCACCUGACAUCAGUAUGACACAGUGUUGUACUUAAUACAAAUUAGUGUGCAUGACUUAGCAACCAACAGACCACAUUUCAAGUGUCGGGGAGUGAGUGAAAACACAUUCCCAUUUUUAUCAGCCCCAAACUCCAACAGACACAUGAAUGAUGAUGCUCAUCUCUCGUCUGCCAAAAAUCCCCUCCCCGCAACGAGCACAUCCCCGCCCUCGAACAGCACGCCCGCCGCCCCCAGGGGGGAAAACCGCCGCCCCCGGGCGCAGCACACCCCCCCCCCCCAUCAUCACCCUCCUCCCCUUUCUAUCUACACUCCCUUCCCCCCCGUUCAUCUAUAUCCCCCUCCCCUUUCUCACAACCCCCCCCAGUUAUCAGUCACCCUCCCCCCGCUAACUCCAACUCCUUUCACACGUCUCAUUAUCACUCCUCAUCUUCUUCACUCGUCUCCGAGAGAGGAGGAGGAGAGAGGAUAAAAAGAGGAUGGUAAGUGAAAUAGGAAAAAAGAGGGGGAGAGAAAGAUGAACAUGUGAGGAGCAGAGGUGACGAAAAGAGCGAGAGAGGGAGUGAUAAAUGAUUGUGAUUGAGGGAUGAUCAGAAAGGUUGUACUGUCCUCUCUCUGAUGUGAUUGUGGUGUUGAGACUUUAACCCAUUAUGUGCUGCCUCAUCACAGCAAGACCCUUCUUAAUUCAUGUUAGACCUCUCUCUCUCUUCUCUCUCUUCUCUCUCUUCUCUCUCUCUUCUCUCUUCUCUCUCUUCUCUCUCUCUCUCUCUCUCUCCUUCUCCUUCUCUCCUCUCCUCUCCAGUCCAGGGUGGUGGCCUGUAUGACGGCCAUUCUGAGUCAGAUGGAUGACAGCCACUACUCCAGCUACCUAGAAACCUUCUCAGGCACCACUGACCUAGUGGUGAGCCGUUCACACACACACACACACACACACACACACACACACACACACACACACACACACACACACACACACUCACACACAGAGAAGCACGUGCACAUGCACACACUCAUAGACUCUCUGUGUUGCAGGACUUUCUGAUGGAGACAUUCCUACUUUUUAAGGAUCUGAUUGGGAAGCACGUCUAUCCCUCUGACUGGAUGGCUAUGAUCAUGGUGCAGAACAGGUACUGCACACACACGCGUGCACACACACACACACACACACCACACACACACACACACACUGGAUGACUGUAAACUUGAAUGUUUGCCGACCCUCUGAUGUGGGAAAAGUGUUUUGGUUCGAAAAAGACUGGACAGACAUGUAGAGUACAGCGUAUGUUUAAUUGUAAAAGUGCAACUUAGUGUAGAGUUCGUGUAGCUAGCAUGUAGUGGGGUUAUAUUUUAGAUAGCAGCUGUAUGUGAGUUUCUGUGUAAGGGAGCAGCUUAGUUAUUAUAUUGUAGAUAGCAAAUGUAGUGUAAGUUACAGGUAGAUGCAGCUGUGUUUAGUUAUAUUUAGAGUACACUGUAGUGUGAGUUCAGUGUAGACUAGCAGCUGUAGUGUAAGUUACAGUGUAGGUGCGUGUAGGUAGAGUUACAGUUUAGUACAGCGUAGUGUAGAUUCAGUGUAACUAGCGCUGUAUGUAGAGUUACUGGUAGACUAGCGCUUUGGGUAAGUUACCGGUAGGAGCAGCUGUAGUGGGAAAUUACAGUGUAGACUGCGCUUUAGUGUAAGUUACGUGUAGACUACGCUGUAUGUGAGUACAGUGUAACUAGCCUUAUGUAGAGUUAAAUGGUUUUAGUAGCAGCUUAGUGUAGAUUCUGUGUAGAGUAGCAGUGUAGUGUGAGUUACAGUGUGACUAGCACUGUAGUGUAGGUUACUGUGUAGAGUGCAGCUUAUUUUUAAGUUCUUUUUGUAGAGUGCAGCUGUAGUGUAGAGUUACGUGUACUAGCCUGUAGUGUAGAUUACGUGUAGAUAGCAGCUGUGUGUAAAUUUUCCGGGUUUUAAAUGCAAAUGUGUGUAGAGUUACUGUGUAAUUAGCACUGUGUGUAGAGUUACAGGUAGACUAGCGCGAGUGUAGAUUUAAAUGUAGACUAGCGCGUAGGUGAGGUUUUCUGUGUGAGUAGCAGCUGUAGUGUAGAGUUUCGUGUAGACUAGCAGCUGUAGUGAGAUUACGUGUGACUAGCACUGUAGGUAAGUUCGUGUAGCUAGCACGUAGUGUAAGUUAUGUGUAGAGUGCAACGUAGGUGAUUCGUGUAGAGUGCAAUGAGGUAGAGUUACUGUGUAAGUAGCACUGAGUGAAGUUUUCAGUGAGACUGCACUGUAGUGUAGAGGUUUUCCCGUGUAGAUAAUUAGGUAGGUUACUGUGUAAAAUAGCAAGAUGUAGGUUACAGUGAAGUAGCAAAUGUAUGUAGAUUUUUGUGUGAUAGCAGCUUUGUGUAAAGGGUUUCGGUAUAGAGCUGUGUGUGAGUUCGUGAGAGUAAAACAGGAGAGUUACGUGUAGACUAGCAGCUGUAGUGUAGAGUUACAGUGUAGACGCACUGUAGUGUAGAGUUACUGUGUGAGUAGCGCUGUAUGUAGAUUACAGAUAGAGUAGCAACUGUGUGUAAGUUACCGUUAGACCAGUUAGGUGAGUUUCGUUGGUGCAGCGUUUGUAGAGUUACGUGUAAAAAGCAAAGUAGGUAAGUUACGUGUGACUAGGCUGUAGUGUAAGGUUACGUGUGAUAGCGCUGGUGUAAGUUUCAUGUAAAAUGGGGCCCGUUGGGGAGAGUUUCGUUGAGUACAAAAGUAGUGUAGAUUUUUAGUGUAGACUAGGCCCGAGUUAGUUUACGUGUAGAUAGCAGUGUAGGUGAGUUACGUAUAGGUAGCAAAUUUGGGGAGUUUCCCCUGUAGAGUAGGCUUAUGUAGUUAAUUUAGAGUAAACCCCGUGUGUGAGUUACAGGAAUACAGCUGUAUGUAGAGUUACGUUUAGGUGCAUGUAUUUUGAGUUUCAUUUAGAUCGCUGAUGUAAGUUACAGUUAAUAGCAGCUUUUGGGGUAGAUUUACAGUGUAGAUUAAGCUUUGUGAGAGUUACAGUGUAGACUAGCACUGUAUGUAGUUAUAUUUUAGAGAGCACUUAUGUAAGUUACAGUGUAGAUAGAGCUGUAGUGUGAGUUCGUGUAGACUAGCACUUGUGUGUUAAUUUUAAUGCAAAUGUAUGUAGAGUUACAGUUAAUACAGCUGUGUUGAGUUACAGUGUAGACUACAGCUUAGUGUGAGUUCAGUGAGACUAGCGCUGAUUGUUUAUAUUUUUAGGUGCAACUUUAGUGUAAGUUUUCAGGUAGAGUCGCGUUGUUAGUACGUGUAGCUAGCAGCGUGGAGUUUUUAAUUGUAGAAGCACCUUUUUUGUGUAGAGUUAAGUGUAGAGUAAGCUGUAGUGUAAGUUACAGUGUAGAUAGCAGCUUAUUUUAGUUAUAUUGUGGGAGCAAUUUUUGUGUAAGUUUUGUGUAGAGUAGCACUGUAGUGUGAGUACGUGUAAAAUACAAAUGAUGUAUAGUACUGGUUUUGGUAGCAACUGUGUGUAGAGUCAGUAUAGAUAGCAACGUAGUGAAGUUUCGUGUGAUAGCAGCUGUGUGUGAUUACUGUUAGAGUACACGUAGUGUAGAGUUAAGUGUAAUCAAUGUAGUGUGAUUUUCGUGUGGUAGCAGCUGUAGGGAGGUUAGGUAGAGUAGCGUGUAGGGAGAGUUCGGUUUUGAGUACAACUGUAGUGAGAUACUGUGUAGAGUAGCAGCGUAGUGUAGAGUUACUGUGUAGAGUAGCAGCUGUAGUGUAGAGUUACAGUGUAGAGUAGCAACUGUAGUGUAGAGUUACUGUGUAGAGUAGCAGCUGUAGUGUAGAGUUACAGUGUAGAGUAGCAGCUGUAGUGUAGAGUUACAGUGUAGAGUAGCAGCUGUAGUGUAGAGUUACAGUGUAGAGUAGCAACUGUAGUGUAGAGUUACACAGGCCAAGGAUAUGUCAGAUAGCACAGUGCAGAGAGAGAGAAAAAGGGAAGAUAUAUAGCGAGAGAUGAGAGAGAGGAAGAGAGAGAGGAAGAUAAGGAGGAGUGGGUUAGGGGAAGAUAAACAGGUAAUGUUUCCUAGAGAGCAAAGUUAGAGAGGAUGUUGGAGGGAGCAAUGAGGUCUCCUUACAGAAUGAGAAAGAUAGAUAGCACUAGAAAGAGAGGUAUGGGAAAAGAGUUGGCUAGUUAACUUGAACUUUUGAAACUUUACUUUAAUUAAGUUGAAUCUGGUUAACUUUUAAAGCCUUUUACCAUAAUAAUUGUAUUUAAUUGAAUAACAAUUCAUCAUUUAUUAUUAGAUGAAGCUAUGUGGAUGUAGGGAUACUGUGUCAAUAUUGUAUUCCUAUUGAAAUCAUUAACAUUAAUCUUAAUGUUUAAUAUUCCCACUGAUAUAUAUAUAUAUAUAUAUAUAUAUCAGAUGGCAUGAAUAUAGAUACCAUAUUAAUAUUGAGUUCAUAUUAAUAUUGAAAUCAUAUCACGUCAAUAUCACCAUUGAUAUAUAUUAGGUAGACAUUGAUCUCCUGAUGUCAUCUAUCUAACAGACUGUAUAUUGUGUUUCUGUCAGGGUGUUCCUCAGAGCAAUCAACACCUACGCUGACACCAUGAACCUCAAGUUCCUCAACAACAACGACUUUGAAGUGCAGGUCAGUGUGUGUGUGUGUGUGUGUGUGUGUGUGUGUGUGUGUGUGUGUGUGUGUGUGUCUUUUAGUGUGUGUGUGUGUGUGUGUGUGUGUGUGUGUGUGUGUGUGUGUGUGUGCGCGCAUGCAUGCAGGUGUUUCAGUCUCUCUCUGUGUGUCACUGAUGUAAGUAAUAUUCAUUCUCUCUCCCUCUCACUCACCCUAUCAGAAAUUCAUUAUUUAUCCCACAGGUUCUGAUUAUUUUGUUUCCUCUUCCCUCUUUGUCUGUAGCUAUGGAAUAAUUACUUCCAUUUGGCUGUUGCAUUCAUUACCCAAGAGUCAUUGCAGCUCCAGCACUUCUCCUCAACCAAGAGGAACAAGAUCCUGGCAAAGUGA